AUGGAAAUUGGAGAAUGCUUAAACCAACUGUUAACAAAUUCCACCCGCAAAGUACAUUCAUGGACUCCACUUUUCAAACCUUACUCUUUCAUAAAUAUUUCUUCUGGAAAAGAACAAAUGGAUGAUCUUCAACACACCUGGAAAAACAUGCUUGAGGUCGCUGUAGUCAUCAGACUUGUCCACAAUCUCUAUAGAGAAUGGAAGGGAUUAAGGCAACAGCUUAAUGUUACUAUAACAUCACCUUAUGAAGCUCAAUUAGUUGAAAUAAAAGAAAAAAUAGGACAAAAUUACAACAAGUAUAAUGGGUUUUCAGUUAAGGUGAUUGGAGUUGAAGAGUUGCAGGGUUAUAAAGAAGAAGAUAUGUUAAUCUUAUCCAUGGUUACAUCAAAUUCUGAUGGUUCAAAUCACUUGUUUUCUGAUCUUGACAGAGUUAAAUUAGUAUUUGCAAGUGCAAGAAACAGUCUUUGGAUUUUAGGAAAUGAAACAACAUUGCUGAGAAGAGAUUCUGUAUGGAAAUCUAUUCUUUGUGAUGCCAAGGAUCGAAAGUGUUUUUUCGAUGCAGAGGAAGAUAAAGAUCUUUGUCAAUUCAUUAUAGAAGUUAAGAAAGAGCUGAAUCAAUUGGAUGAGUUGUUUGAUGCUGAUAGUUUUCUUUUCAAGAAUGCUAAGUGGAAGGUGCUUUUCAGUGAUAAUUUCAAGAAAUCAUUUGAAAAGAUUAAGUCAUCUCAAAUGAGAAAGUUAGUUGUUAACAUGUUACUGAGACUUGCAAAUGGAUGGAGACCGAAAAGGAGGAAAACUACCAACAUAACAUGUGAUAAAUCAAAGCAAAACUUGAAGCAAUUUAAGGUUAAGAGUAUGUACAUUAUUUGCUCUAUUGACAUAGUGAAGGAACAUAGGUACAUUCAAGUGUUAAAGGUUUGGGAUCUAUUGCCACUAGUGGAAGUUCAAGAAUUGGUAAAUCGUCUUGAUACUAUCUUUCUUACAUACACUGACGAUUUUAUUAGGCGUUGCAAGGUUAAACAUAAUGAGGGGUAA